AGCCAUUAAACAAUUAAAACAAUUUUCAUCUCAAUGGGCAACACGUAGGGAUGGAAAAGAUAGAAAGACUAAUUCUUCUAAUGAUAUUGAAGGGAAUUUAUUGAACAUUCUUUGCUCUGUGGUGUUACUUUUCUGCUUAAAAGUGGCAAUGUUGGUUCCUUUAAUUUUAUUUGUAACGGGAUUUUAUUUAUAUGGACUUAGU